AUGCCACUAUCAGGCUCUGCAUCGGCUUUGCCGUCCUUUCGGAAGCAACAUCUCCUUGUCGAGUUCUCGCGCCUUCGCUAUGCCCAACUUGAUGGCGUUUUCCUGAGCAUCACGCCUGGCGACCCAUCACUGUGGGUCGGUGUGAUCUUCGUGCGAAAAGGACCAUAUGCGCCUGCAGUCUUACGCUUCCAAAUCUCCUUUCCACCAAGCUAUCCUGCCAUACCCCCCCUCGUGACCUUUUCCACCGAUGUCUUUCACCCCUUGCUCACGCCGCUUACCACGUACACGUACACGACUGGAUCUGCUGAGUCGGAUACCGUAAGUGCUACGGAUGAGGAGCGCCUGCCCCCGGGUGGAUUCAGUCUGCGACACGGCUUCCCACACUGGUUUGGACGAACUCGAUCCUCUGUGCCCGAUUCUCGUCACCCCAGUGGCUCUGCCUUGGCCAGUCCCGCACGUUCCGACUUCAAUGUCACCUUGGGUGCUCCUCCUGGCGCGGCCCGCUCGACAGAGGAAAUAUCCAUUGUGCGCAUGAUAGAGUACAUACGUUCCACCUUCAGUGAUGAGUCAAUCUUGGACUCGCUUCCGCUCGAUGCCGCUGCCAAUCCAGGAGCCUAUCACGCGUGGCGGGCCCAUCGUGCUCCUGUUCUGCGAGCUCAGCAAUCUCCACCCACAGAGCCUAGCCCAGAGCUGCCGGUAACUGACAAGUCAGAAAGCACAAAUGCGCUAGGCCCAAACAGGCGCCCUGGAGAAUGGAAUUGGGAGGGUGUGUGGGAGGAGCGUGUGAGAAAAGCAGUCAAGGCUAGUCUCUCUGAGCCUGUACUCUUUGGCACAGGCGCCGGAGAAGACAUUAUUCGCUUCCGUGAGGCAGACGAGGAAAUGCAGGAGAAAAUGAAGAUGCACCUAGAGAUGGCUGCCGCUCGUACUGCUGAAGUAUAA